AUGGGAUUGCGCUGCUGCACACAGAGGCCACCGAAACAAAGGAGAGAGAUCAAAAUCGGUUGUUUCGGUGUCGAUGGCGCAGGAAAGACGACGAUAUUGAAGAUGAUCAAAGGCGAAAAUCCACGAGGGGUCCUGUCAACCAACGGCUUUUCCAUGAUCGAUAUGGAAUACAGCGACGAAUUCACCAUCAAAGUCUACGAUCUCGGUGGACACGAACGAAUUCGCGACAUCUGGACCAAUUACUAUGCCGAGGUCAGUGAAAGUUCCAACCCAAAUGAAGCUCUGUUAAGUAGUAAUACGGUUUAA